UCAUCGAACAGCUGACAACGGGCGAAAGUUGAGGUAUUGUUAGGGACAAUGCAAUACAAGUGUAUAAAACUAAUUAAGUUUUACGAAUAAACAAUCAAAAAACACGUACAUAUUAAGAUAGUUUAAUGUUUAAGUGAACAGACAGUUUGCAAUUACGAACUAUGGAUAUGGCUAGAAGCAUAUUUGGUCGCGACCACGAGGGUUACGUAGGCCGUGAAGAACAUACGCGUAAAAUGCAGACCUUGAGCUCUGACGAUGACAUAGGGGAACUGCCAACUAUGAUGGAAGAACUGAGCGUUGCUGAUGGCUUACGUCCAAACCCUGGCGGACCCUUUUCAGCCUUGACACCUUCAAUGUGGCCACAGGAACUGCUAGCUAAGCUGGGAGGCGAAUCGGAACUUGCAGCAGCGGGGCCAAACGAUCAGCCCGACUACCGCUUUGAUGAGUUUGGCUUUCGCGUUGAGGAAGAGGAUGGCCCAGAACAAAGCUCAAAUAAACUGCUCAGCAUACCUUUUGUUGAAGAUGCACAGCAGCGUUUGCAGUGGAUCGCACACCUGGAAUUCGCCCACAACAAAGAGGUCAACGAACUGAGCUGGGAGCAUGUCGACCAACUGUUGCAGCGUACGGAAAAACUACGCAAAAUGGUGCAGAAUGGUAUUCCACAUAGUCUGCGGCCACAAAUGUGGAUGCGUCUAUCCGGUGCGCUCUCCAAAAAACAAAAAAGCGAAACGAGCUAUCAGGAAAUUGUCAAGGCUUCCAGCAACGAUCAGUUAAUGACAUCGAAGCAAAUUGAAAAGGAUUUAUUGCGCAUAUUGCCUACAAAUGCGUGUUUUAGCCAUCCAAAUGGAACGGGUAUACCACGAUUGCGUCGGAUCCUGCGCGGCAUUGCGUGGCUAUUUCCGGAUAUUGGUUACUGCCAGGGCACCGGCGUUAUUGUCGCUUGUCUGCUGCUGUUCAUGGAGGAGGAGAAUGCAUUUUGGAUGAUGGUUACCAUUGUAGAGGAUCUGCUCCCGGCAUCGUACUACAGCUCAACGUUACUUGGCAUUCAAGCAGAUCAGCGUGUGAUGCAAACAUUAAUAGCCAACUAUUUAUCCAGCGUAGAUGAAUCACUUAAGCGGCACGACAUUGAUUUGUCACUCAUAACACUCCACUGGUUCCUCACCCUGUUCGCGAACGUAGUGCAUAUGAAGAUAUUGGUGCGCAUUUGGGACUGGUUCUUCUACGAGGGCUCAAUUGUACUAUUCCAACUGACACUGGGUAUGCUCAAGGUGAAAGAACAGGAUCUCGAGCACUUGGAAAACUCGGCACAAAUCUUUAAUUCACUAUCUAUGUGUUGCGAGGUGGAUGACGUUGAGGUUCUUUUCCGGCAAGCGCUAGAAGUAGGCGGCUCGUUGAGCCAGACCGUAAUCGACACGCAUCGGCGUCGCCAUCUGGCCUAUUUGAUGACAGAUCAGGGUCAUCAGAUAGGCAAUCCAGAGGUUGCGGCCAAUUUGCCUAAACAGCAGCUAUCCAGACGUCAAGUACGUAAAAGUAAAUCAAUACUAGAGGCAUUUCUAUUUCGUGGAGAUCCCGAAUCGGAUCAGCUAAAGAACAAAAACAUACGUCAGACCGAAAUACUGGUAGAUCUGCGCGAGGCAAUUUUAAAAGUGGGACGUCACUUCAUUACGAUCGAACCAAAACUGGCAGGUCACAUUCAACUGACGGCCAACUACAGCAGCGAAUCACAUGCCAAGGAUCACGAAAACUUCAUUAACGUUGCCCGCACUCGUAAACGUCGGGCUAAGGCGCUGCACGACUUUGAGCGUCACGAUGACGAUGAACUGGGCUUCAGACGGAACGACAUCAUCACUAUUAUUAGCCAAAAGGACGAGCACUGCUGGGUGGGUGAACUGAACGGCUUGCGUGGCUGGUUUCCAGCGAAGUUUGUGCAGCUGCUAGAUGAGCGCAGCAAGUUAUAUACCUCAGCUGGCGAUGAUGCAAUCUCGGAGACUGUUACAGACCUUGUUCGAGGCACUCUGGCACCAGCUAUUAAAGCCUUCCUCGAGCAUGGCAUGAAGCGACCCACAUUCCUAGGCGGUCCCAUUCAUCCUUGGCUAUUCAUUGAAGAAGUUUCUUCCCUGGAGGUGGAAAAGGACUUUAAGUCUGUGUACAGUCGUUUGGUUCUCUGCAAAACGUAUCGCCUUGAUGAAGACGGCAAGGUGUUGACUCCCGAGGAAUUGCUCUAUCGCUGCGUGCAAGCGAUUAAUCAAACGCACGAUAACGCACAUGCCCAAAUGGAUGUCAAACUGCGAUCCCUCAUCUGUCUAGGCCUCAACGAGCAGGUGCUGCAUCUGUGGCUUGAGGUGCUCUGCGCGUGCCAGGAAGUUGUGCAGAAAUGGUAUCACACCUGGAGCUUUAUUGAUUCGCCAGGUUGGGUGCAAAUUAAAUGCGAAUUGCGCAUACUCUCACAGUUUGCCUUUAAUCUAAAUCCCGACUGGGAGUUGCCUCCAAAACGUGGCAAGGAAUCGCAGCCACUAAAGGAUGGUGUACGCGAUAUGCUUGUUAAGCAUCAUUUGUUCUCCUGGGACUUAUGAAUCGGCUGGUCUGAGGAAACACGUUGCAUAACUUUCUACAUCCUUUUUAUAUAAAUUUGCAUAGCGGUCUUCAUUGAGAAUGUACAAUCAUGCACGUUGCCUAAGCCACCUAAGUAUUUAAUCUGAACAAAAAAUCUAUGCAGGAACUAUGCUUUUAUAUCUCAUUCUUUUAUCUAUUGUGCAAUCUUUUUUAAGAAACUUUCAUCUUCGGCGAACCGAAGCAAACAUAUCCUUGCAUAUUCUGUGCAGAUAACACCUAACAAAGAACGUGUUGCAAGGAUAUAAAAUAAGCUUGUUAUAAACCUCUUUGUUGUACGCUUAUCCUUAUGUUAAGGCAUAUUUGCAUAUAAAUAUAAAUAUAGUUCUUGCUAUUUAAUUACUUAAAAUUAUAUCCAUCCAUAUUUUUAGCUCCCACACAAAAAAAACUGCACACACAGAAUUGUACUAAAUUACAAA